AUUGCAGAUAUUUGAGUGACCAUGGCUGAAACGGAUCUUCAAAUGAUGAUCAGUAACGUACCAUCCCUUAUUGAACAAUUGGGGAAGGCAUUAAAUGAUCUUGAAUCUCAUGAAAAUGCCUCCGUAGAUAAGGAUUUAAUCAAGGAUAUUGUAGGACACUUCCGGAAUCUGAAGGCUGCAGUAGUGAAAAAAUCCUUGGAACUGGAAAUUAGAGAGAAGGCCUUUAAGGAACAAGAAUCUGAUGCUCAUCUGCUGAUUGCUUCACGAGAGGCAGAUAUUGCUGCUAGGGAACAGAAGUUGUGGGAUCACUUGCAAGAACUUAAAGAUGCUGCGGUGUCUGCAAUUGCUGCAGCACGGGGAGAUCAUCAAGUGGAAUCUCUCGAGCAUACAGAUGCAGAGGACAGCAAAGACAUUGAGGUAAGCAGCUCUCUUGGUAUAACAAAUGCACUUCAUAUUGGCUCAGAGGUAAAAUCCUCAGGCAGUGCUGCUGAAAAUGCUGAUGGUGCUUCUGGCAAGGUCGAACCUCGACCAGAACUGACACAAUUAUGUGAGCAGAUGGAUGCAAAAGGGCUUCUGCAUUAUAUUAUAGGGAGUAAAAAGAAAAUGACCUCAAUUUCUGAGGAACUCUCUGUUGCCCUUGAUGGUGCAACUGAACCAGGCCGUUUGGUACUGGCUUCUCUUGAGUUCUUCUACUCUAAUGAUGAAUCUAACUCUCAAGAUGAGAAAGGCAAAAAUGCUAUCCGUAGCUUGCGCCAAGCCUGCCUUGUUUGUAUGGAAGCCAUAGCCUCCUUGUUGGCAAAGGCUAAACCAGGUGCUGAUCACCUUCUGUUCCCUGAAAUUAAGCAGCAAGCCAAGGCCAUUGCUGAUGAAUGGAAGCCUAAGUUGGCUACUGCAGGCACUGAUGCUGCCAAUCAAGCUUCAUUGGAAACUGAGGCAUUUUUGCAGCUCCUUGCAACUUUUAGGAUUGCUUCAGAGUUUGAUGAAGAAGAGCUCUGCAAGCUUGUUCUUGCAGUGGCUCACAAUAGGCAGGGACCUGAGCUCUGCCGUUCUCUUGGCUUAGCACACAAAAUGCCAGGUGUCAUUGAAGCAUUGAUUCAUAGUGAGAAGCAAAUCGAUGCUGCUCGUUUUAUUCAUUCUUUCGAGCUGACUGAAAGAUUUCCCCUUGUUCCGCUCCUGAAAGGCUAUUUGAAGGACUUGAGACGAAACGCACAAGGAAAGGGAGGUAACUCGGGGAAUGCAGAGGAACUUGCAGCUGUAAAGGCAAUAGUACAAUGUAUUCGAGAUUACAAGCUUGAAGCAGAAUAUCCACUUGAUCCACUGCUGAGAAGGGUUGCUCAGUUGGAGAAAGCCAUUUCUAACGACAAAGACCGGUCUAAUGAUAAGAAAAGACCUUCUGGAUCAGGUAAACACCAGCAUUUCAAGAGACCUCGAGUAACUGGAGGAACGCAUGGAUCUAUCAGACAUCCUAACGUUCUUAGCAUACAGCCCCAAUCUGUUUUAAUUGAGAGAGCAGCUGCUAAUAACCCAAGCAGACUUGUCCCCUCUGUUCUUGUUGAGAGAGCACCUCAUGCAGGAUUGCUCGAUAAGUAUGCUUAUCUCAGUACAUCUUAUGAUUAUCAACCUCCAAGUCAAGCCACAUAUCCCCAGCAAUCCUACGAGCAAAGAUCAUAUUAUUAUCCAGCUGACGAGGGAAUCGCUGCAAGUUCUUAUACAGCUGCUCCCUUAUCAUCCAGUUAUGCAAGUUAUUCAGGCGGCAUAUUGCCAACAGCAGAUGAGAGAAUUAAUGCAAGUUCUUAUGGCAAUUAUGCAGGUAGCGGAACGCCAACAGCUUAUCAACCCUACAUGUAGACCGGUUAGUAAUUAUAGUUUGUAGUAACAGAUUUUUCUUGCAAAGACAGUAGUAGAUGACUGUCCUGAUUAUUUGCUAUCCAUAAUAAUACUUUAAGCUUUACU